UUUAGUACACACAAACGCAAGCAGAGACGAAUAAACGAAACAAGGGCAGAGGGAGAAACGUCCCGUUACUCUCAGCGUCACACACGGCUGAUGGUGAGGAUAAUUCCCAUGGCAUCGUCCUCAAUACGACCUUCGUUCUCACCGUUUAGGUGCUCCGGUGGUGUUGCUUCCACGCGUUUUGGCGUUUCCCUUUCUCCGCUCCACCUCCCCCGGCGCCUUCUUUUCUCUCAUCUCGGCAGCGCUGCUCCCGAGUCACAAUUAUUUGGUUUCAAAGCUUCUAAGAUGUCGAGAGGUGAAGAAAACAAGUCAGGGAUGCCUAUUGUUGGAAAUGUGGUACGGGCAAGCACGGCAGCCACCCAAGAGACUGCUGCUCUAGAAUGGGUUAAAAAGGACAACCGAAGAAUGCUCCAUGUUGUUUAUAGAGUUGGGGAUUUGGAUAGGACCAUCAAAUUUUAUACCGAGUGUUUGGGAAUGAAGCUGUUGAGGAAACGGGACAUACCGGAGGAGAGAUACACAAAUGCUUUUCUUGGAUAUGGGCCAGAAGAUUCUCAGUUUGUUAUUGAACUCACUUAUAAUUACGGAGUUGAUAAGUAUGACAUCGGAACUGCAUUUGGUCAUUUCGGUAUUGCUGUUGAUGAUGUUGCCAAGACUGUGGAACUUAUAAAGGCCAAGGGUGGAAAAGUAACCCGAGAACCUGGCCCAGUGAAAGGUGGUUCAACUGUAAUUGCAUUUGUUGAGGAUCCCGAUGGUUACAAAUUUGAACUAAUUGAGAGGGCUACUACUCCUGAACCUUUGUGCCAAGUAAUGCUCCGCGUUGGUGAUCUUGAUCGUGCAAUAAAAUUUUACGAGAAGGCCUUUGGCAUGGAACUUCUUCGCACACGAGAUAAUCCACAGUACAAGUAUACAAUAGCCAUGAUGGGCUAUGGGCCCGAAGAUAAAAAUGCUGUGCUUGAGUUGACGUAUAAUUACGGGGUCACUGAUUACGAUAAAGGAAAUGGUUACGCUCAGAUUGCUAUUGGAACAGAUGAUGUUUACAAAACUGCAGAAGCAGUUAAACUCUUUGGUGGAAAAAUUACCCGGGAACCCGGACCUUUACCUGGUAUCAACACCAAGAUCACGGCAUGCUUAGAUCCCGAUGGCUGGAAGACGGUCUUUGUUGAUAAUAUUGAUUUCCUCAAGGAGUUGGAGUGAGUUUUGGAAAGUGAAAUCCAAAUCUGAGCUGAAAAUAUUUGUUGAAGAAAUUCUUGGUGAGAAUGCAGCCAGUCCCGUUCUGUAGAUAAAUCUUUUAUGGCGACAAUCGGAUAGGCGUUCGAUUCGCCAAAAAGAUGAAGUCUUUAAAUGUGAGUUUCUGUUUACUUAUCUUCCUCUAUGUUUGACUCACUCACUUGUUGGGAGAUGAAUGUAAGCAUAUAAAAUGUAUUACAAAUUUACAAGUAUUUUUCUUUGAA